CACAGCUCGAAAGCAACAGAGAGACACGGACACUGCAGCGAGCAUCUUGCUGCUCCGCGAGCUUACAAUUCGAUCUCCGAUCCACCGCACCCGUGCACCACCAACUCCGAUGGCAGCCACGGUGAUGGCAUCCAUGGGCUCCCUAUCCUUCGCCGCCGGCGGCGCUCGUGCCGGCGGGUUCCCCGUUCGGGUUCCGGCGUCCGCGCUCGCGCCGCGGCGACGCGCCCUGCAGGUCGUCAGGGCCCAGGCCGAGGACGCUGAGCCAACAACGGAGGAUACGAGCCCCGCGUCCUCCUCCUCGGCCUCCACCCCAUCGGCGGCCACCCCGACGCCGAAGCCCAAGGCGGCGAAGAAGCCGGCGAGCCCGGGGCUGUGGGACGCGCUAGCGUUCAGCGGCCCUGCGCCCGAGCGCAUCAACGGCCGGCUCGCCAUGGUGGGCUUCGUGUCCGCGCUCGCCGUCGAGGCGUCCCGCGGCGGGGGCCUCCUCUCGCAGGCCGGCAGCGGGUCCGGGCUCGCCUGGUUCGCUGCCACCGCCGCGGUGCUCUCCGUGGCGUCACUGGUACCUCUCCUAAAGGGGGACAGCGCCGAAGCUAGGAGCGGCGGCGUCAUGAGCGCCGACGCGGAGCUCUGGAACGGCCGCUUCGCCAUGCUCGGGCUCGUCGCGCUCGCCUUCACCGAGUACCUCACCGGCGCGCCCUUCAUCAACGCGUAGACGCGUACGUACGUGCGUAGGGUCGGACCCCGUACGUGCUGUGUACAUUGAAUCUGUACCUUAACAACUGUAGGCCGGAAUGCAGUACUGAGCAUGAUAGGAGUCCUUUUUUUUUUUCAAUACAUCUCAUCUAGAUACAGCUGUGUAUCCGUUCUAGAUAACAUACGCCACACAAACCCGCAUACUCCACUCACACGCCUGCUCGCUUGUGCUACUUGAGAGGCUGCAGCGGAGCUGCACGGCCAGCUGAUCGGCUGCUGCUCCAUAAAAAGGAAAUCAGCUAUAGCUCAAAAAAUCUUUCCGUAUGCAGCCGCAUUCGCUCC